AGCCAGAGAGAGUUGUUCUGUCCAUCGGCAGGGUGCGGAAUGUGGAGAUGCUGAAAGGUCACGACCUGGCGUCAGGAUCCAUAGACAAGGCGGCACAGCGGCUUCACAAUCAGUACACACUGAGGCUGAGAGUCCGCGGCAUCGAUGAGAACGACUUCAAGGAUAGCAAGAGAAUCCUGGAGGAGAAGCUGAGAUCCGGCCGGGUCAAACCCACCCUGCUUCCGUACGGCACUCAAGAGGAGAUCCGCAGAGACAUGGAGGCCUGUCACCUAGUCCUGAUGCCGUCCCGGGCCGAACCGUUCGGACUGGUCGGCCUGGAGGCCAUCGCGGCAGGAGUUCCCGUCCUCAUCUCAGAGCACUCGGGCCUUGCAGAGCUGAUAGAGGAACUAUCAGACAGGCUGGGGCAGCCCACGUUCCGCCACUGUAUCGUCAAGAUGAAGGGAGACACCGCGACCGACGCUGAUGUAGAGAAGUGGGCAGAAAGAAUCGAGGACGUCCUCAAAUACGCCAAGUCAGAGUUCGCGGAAGCCCGCGCCUUCAGGGAGAAACUGCUGGCCUCCAAGUACUGGGAAGAGUCUCACCAGAAGUUUCUACAAGCCUGCGACAUCACUGACGGCGGCAGUGCCCAAGCGGAGGGCGGAGGUGCUGAGGCUGAGGACUCGGACUGAAGAUCUGACGUCACUGGAGAUCACUGACGUCAUGUAACUGUAAAUACUGACGUCAUGUAAUUGUAGAUACUGACGUCAUGUAAUGGUAAAUACUGACGCCAUGUAAUUGUACAUACUAACACCAUGUAAUGCAGCAGGCUCCCAUCUCUGACACUAUGCUGGCACUCUGAGUGUAGACUUUCAGAACUAUGGUGAGAGUUUAUGACCAGAAUCAGUAGCAGUAAUGACGCUGCUGUUUAAUUCUAUAGGUUUAUUUGAAACAAUGGACAUUGCAGUUAUAAUGGACACAAGGAAUUAACAUGUUGUUGUCGGUAUCUAAUCUGUAUGAUGAUUAUGUUUGUAUGUUUUCACAAUGAUAUUUGCAUGUUUGCAUGUUGCAGGUCUUUUACCUUUCAUUUGCUGAUCAUAGAAAUGCUUUAACAACUUGGAAAGCUUAUGCAAAAAUAAUAUGGAAACCAUUUUGUAAGUCAUGUAUCAAUUUUGUACUGUAAGCCAUUAACAUGUAGGGUCUGUCAUAACACUACCAACAUUCCCACAAGUGUUUCGAUAACAGCCUACAGAUAUAUCACAUGCUAAUAUAUCGGUAUAUAAAUGACAAACAAUGACUUGCAAAGCUGUUUGAUGAAGCCCAAAGAAUUGCCAUGCGAGUUGUGGAUCUGAGUAAAGCCUAAACUCUCUAAACGCUUGACCAAAUGUUUAUGUCAAUAUGUCAUAUUAAACUCCAAUUUGUGUGUGA